UUCCCCGAGCCUUCUCCUCCGGUACCGGAUAAACAGAAAGUGAUAAUGACGGUGGCGCGCGUUGCUUCAGAUUCAGCUUUCAACGCGAACAUGAGAGGAGUCGCCAUGGAAUACAAAUGAGUAUUUUAUGGAUGCUUUCUUUAAGGAAUUAUCCUGUUUCUUCGUGCUGACAGUUUGCGGUAUUUUCUCAGCUGUUUAAUCCGACUUUCUCCCCAGGCUUCAGGAGGAGCGCUUGCGCGUUGACGCCAGCAAAACCUCGCGAGCACCGGGCAGGGACGCGGUAGGACAUGAUGCAUCAUGGAAUCUGAGCAGCUGCACUUUAAGCAACAAUUCCGUGAGUAAGGUCAUGGGCAGCAGCAGAGACUGACUGAGGGUCGUUGUUUCCCGUUAAUGUGUGACUUUGGUGCACGUGGUACCCGCAGCUAGAGGACCGGGGGGACGGGGCGCGCUGUGCUGUGAUGCGCCAUCUCAUCCCGGGGGUCAGUUUUGGUUUCUCAAGCAACACCUGCUCCCUCCCACCAUGGCUCGCUUUGAAGAGGACCUGGCCGGCCGCUACGGAGGCGGCGGCCCCGCGGGCCCGACCAGAGGGGUCAGUCGGCUGCCGGGGGUCCCGAGGGUGUACAAGCAGACGAUGGCCCAGAGAGCCCGGACCAUGGCGAUCUACAACCCCAUCCCCGUCAAACAGAGCUGCCUCGCCGUUAACCGCUCUCUGUUCAUCUUCAGUGAGGACAACAUCAUACGGAAAUAUGCCAAAAAGAUCACCGAAUGGCCUCCGUUUGAGUACAUGAUCCUGGCCACCAUUAUAGCAAACUGCAUCGUGCUGGCCCUGGAGCAGCACCUGCCGGCCUCAGACAAAACCCCCAUGUCCGAGCGCUUGGACGACACAGAGCCCUACUUUAUUGGAAUAUUUUGUUUUGAGGCUGGCAUCAAGAUCAUCGCUCUGGGCUUUGCCUUUCACAAAGGCUCCUACCUGCGUAGCGGCUGGAAUGCAAUGGACUUUGUGGUAGUCCUAACAGG